GGCGCAGUAGUAGACAACAACAACAACAACAACAACAACAACGAUAUCCACAAAAACAGACGAUAAUUUUGUAAUUUUGUGUUUCAUUAUCACGCUUGUCACUGUCUUUCGUGAUAAGAAUAUUGUUCUGUGCAUACUGACUUUUGUGUGAGGUUUUGAAAGUCAAGUAGGUGACUGUAGUCUGAGAAGCUCUGAAAACUGUUUAUGGCCUCUGAUGCAGGAAAAGUUUGAAGUUUAGUACUUGAUGGAAGAUUCGUCAUUGAAAUAUCUCGCAAAAGUAUUGUGACAGAAAGCACAGGUUGUUGGUGAAAAAGCACAGAUAAUUGUAAAUGAAAAAGGACAGAUUGUGGAGGAAGUAACAACUAGCACAGGAAAAGUUCCAUCAGGUUUGAAGUCAAGACCUACAACAAUCCCUCUGCUUGCUGCCACUUGCGUUUUCAAGAACUUUAUUGAUGAUAUAGAUUUAUGACUGAGAUCUUGGAAAGCUAGAUACUUGGAAUAUAUAGCAAACAGCCAUCACUGUAAAAAAAGGGCACAUCCUUUUGACUUGGUGCAUGUGACGAAAACUGUAUUGUCCAAAGGUCAACAACACAGCUAGACACCAACAAAGACUGUUUUACAUUAUGCGUGUUUCCAGAGACAAGCUGUCCGUAGUUCAGUCACUGUGUGCGGUCACCAAUCAUAGAUUGUAAAACAGUCUAAGAGGAGUUAAUCACAUGACCAAUUCUGCAGACAUUGUUAUGUACUAACAGUCUAUAUAUACAUUUUGAUAUUUGUGUGUUAUACUUGUGUUCCCAAAGCGCUUAAUGCAGCUUAAGUGAUUAAAAAAAAACGAGACUAAAAAUUAUGUCUGAAAGCAGCGAGAAAAUGUCUGACCAUAGUGAGAGCGGCAGCGAUAGUGGAAAUAAUAAUGACAUUUGCCGCGAUUUUCUGCGUAAUGUAUGCCGGCGCGGGAAGCGAUGCAAAUAUCGCCACCCAGGUGAGCAAGAAACUAAUGAAUUUAAGAAAAUAUCGGAAUAUACAUUUUGUCAUGAUUUUCAAAAUAACGGAUGUAGAAGAGCAAACUGUAAGUUUCUUCAUUGUACAAGAGAAGAGGAAGAACAUGCGAGACAGACGGGUGAAUUACCAACAAGAGUGAUGCAAGCUGCUGCUUUAGGAAUUGGAGUCAAUCAUGCGGAAAUGGUAGCAAAAGGCGGUGUUCCUAUUUGUAAAGACAAUUUAAAAGGUGACUGUCAUCGUGGGGCAGGAUGUAAAUAUCGUCACAUAUCAAGUGCUGAGUACGAAUUCUUGCAAAGAAAAUCUGAGGGGCGAAACGAGAUGUACAGAAAAGAACAUCAGUUAGAAAGGUUUGAGUUUGAACAGGAUAUUAAACGUAGGAGAAUGGACCCUGACUAUCCUUCAGAUGGAUUUAGAACAUAUGAAAAUCGUUAUCCACCUCUGUCUCCAAAUUCCAAACCGUUAAGUUAUCAGUUAUUAGAAGAUGAAAAUUCGAUGUUGCGGAAAAAAGUUGAAGAAUUAAAAAAGCAAGUGGCAGACUUGACUGCAACAAAUGAGGUGCUUCUGGAACAAAAUGCAAGAUAUCGUGUGAGUAAAACAAACAUUUUACAGACUUUAAAUGCUGCUGGGGUACAGGCAGCAAUUCAAGCUUCAUCUUUAAAUCCGCUUAAUACAAGCCUCGCGCAGCAAAUAGCCCUAAAUAGUGACUUAACGACAAUAACUCAGCAGCAACAGCAGGCCUUGCAACAGCGAAUGGUGCGAGAACUGGCUGGGGGCCAGGCGCAGUGCAGUAUAGCUGCUCCGCCCACGCUCAACACAGCCACCCUAUCUUUGAACCCACCUUCAAUUGUGCCCGUCUCUCUACCACAGACCCUGUCUGGGCUUCAGCCGUCCAAUAAUCAGAGCUUGGCACAGAACAUUGACAUGAACGCUUCACUUGUCUCGUACCCCAUUGUCUCACAAGCCAUGAGAAUGACCGCAAGCAGCUUGGCGCACUGACCAAAUAGCCAAAAUUUAUAUGUCUUACCUUGGUGAACUAGCUAUGCUGAACUGUACAGAUAGAAUAUAUAAUCAUAUCAUAAGGAACUUAUCCAAAUAUGAGUUUGGAUGAUAGUGAAACUAUGGACCUGUGGAACAAGGCAGGUAAUAGGAAGUUAUAGCAUGCCAGAUACAGUAUACAGCUGAAAGUCCUGGCAGAUCCUGGUUACAGUCUGUAGAUCUUUGAUGGAAUGUCAUUGCAGAUCUUUGAUGGAUGUCAUUGCAGAUCUUUGAUGGAAUGUCACCACAGCAGUUCAUAAUACUAUUGAGGAGUAGUACAGAAUGUGAUUACAGUUCCAUGGGCUAAUGAAUGGUUUUGUGAUACAUGUAGAACCAUGGGGCGGAUAAUUUGAUGGCUGAUAUAAUGACUGUUUUAUAGUAGUGUGAAAGAUCUAUGUGAUACAACUGAUAACAGAUAAAUGGAUAAAUAAGAGAUUGAGACUUUAGUUCAGUGGAUAUACAUCUCUUAUAUUAAUAUAGUUUUGAACUGCAAAAUAAGGUUUAAGAUGAUUAUAUAACCAUCAUUUUUCUAAUAGCUUUGACAGACAGUGUGGCCAACUUCUGUAUUAUAUCAAUGGCUCUUUUGAGGCAUUUUGUCAUGAUAUAAAUGGUGGGCAUUAAAAGUGUCCAAGCUAAUUUUAUCCUUAAGACUUUACCCUGCUAAAUUUCUAAAAUGGACUGAUUCAUCAUUCAGUUUGGGUUAUACCAUUUAUUAUUCGAAAGGGUAUUCACUGAAAAUUUACUGACUGAAUAGCGAACAGUGCAGUUAGUGCAGGCUGAUCUUGGUCUCCAUGGGUCACAAAGGCAGAAUCACUUGCCACCAGCAGGCUAAAGGUUAAGAAGCAAGUAUAAUCACUGCAGUAGGAUUUUAAAUGUUAAUAAAUCUGACCAAUAUGUUUGUCGGAAUUCCCACAAGGGUGUGAUGACCUGGGACACUUGCUGAAAUGUAGGAAAUCUCAAAGUCUAGUUAUGCUACUAAAAUAUGUUUUUGUGUGUUUGGAUGUUGAUUUAUUUAAAAAAAAUAGAAGAAAGGCAUAGAAUUUUAGAAGAUAGUUUAAGUAAGUGGUGCUGAUCUUACUGGAACUGAGAAAUAUGAACAACACUUGAUUGGAGAAUUGCUAGAAAGUGUACUCAAGGUAUCAGAUAUGUUAAAUAUAGGUGAGCAUGUUCUGUGUGAUACCUGUUUGCUCAGUGCAACACCUUCCAAGUAGGUAUUCAAAGACUUCUGUUGGGGUCUAGGUCAGAUUAUUUAGUUACUCUGCUAUUGAAUUUACAUGUAAACAUUUGAAAUGGCAAUGAAGGGCUUUCAUUUGUCUCUUCAUACUUUUCUUGGCAAAUGGAAUCAAAAUACAUAUAUGAAUCUGCAGAAUUAACCAGUAAUUUCUUUUGUAAAUCUAUAAAUAUAAAAGAAUUAUAAGUUACAUGAUGUAAUAGGGUAUUUGUUUGUACAGAUAAUAUGUUUUAUAAUGGUAGACAAAUACCAACAGCUGAUUCUGACAGAUUUUGCCAGUUAUGACCAAUGUUUUUUUCCAUACAGAGAAAAUAGGAAAUUCUUCAAUAUUUUUACUUUUGUGUGCUGUAUUUAAAAGUCAAUGAAACUGCUCUGCUCUUUCAGUUGUAAAAUUAAAAGGAGAUAUUUUAUCAAGAAAUGAUAAUACAUGGUAGGAAAUUGAGUAGGACUUUUUGUUUGACCUUAAAAGUGCUUUCUUAUGCAUGUAUAAUAUAGUCGGAACAGUUACGUGUGUUUAUGAAAGAUGUGACAUAUUUGUUACUGAUAUUGAUGCAUGAAGGUAAUGAUAUUGUAUAUAACAUGUACAUGUUUAAGUGUGAAGUUUGAAAAUACUGAAAAGUGGCUCCUUAUUAUGUUGAUUAUUAUUUUCAGUAGUUUCAGGAAACUGUUUUAAUGUUUUUAGGCAGUUAUAACACUGAUAUUGUAUUACAAAUGUUUAUUGUAUGAUUACCUAUUGUUUUGGCCUGUGUAUAAACCAAGUCCUACUUUCUGUAAUGCCUCCAGGUAAGAAGCAUCCUUGGUUGGGUGGUUUAAAUCACUGACUUCCAGUUACAUCAUCAUUGUUUCCAGUCACAAGGUCACUGACUUCUGGUUAAACAUAAUUGAUUUCCAGUCACAAGGUCACUGACUUCUGGUUACAUCAUCAUUGAUUUCCAGUCACAGUGUCACUGACUUCCGGUUACAUCAUCAUUGAUUUCCAGUCACAAGGUCACUGACUUCCGGUUACAUCAUCAUUGAUUUCCAGUCACAAGGUCACUGACUUCCGGUUACAUCAUCAUUGAUUUCCAGUCACAGUGUCACUGACUUCCGGUUACAUCAUCAUUGAUUUCCAGUCACAGUGUCACUGACUUCCGGUUACAUCAUCAUUGAUUUCCAGUCACAGUGUCACUGACUUCCGGUUACAUCAUCAUUGAUUUCCAGUCACAAUGUCACUGACUUCCGGUUACAUCAUCAUUGAUUUCCAGUCACAAGGUCACUGACUUCCGGUUACAUCAUCAUUGAUUUCCAGUCACAAGGUCACUGACUUCCAGUUUCAAUAUCAUUGGUUUCCAGUCACAAGGUCACUGACUUCCGGUUACAACAUCAUUGGUUUCCAGUCACAAGGUCACCGACUUCCGGUUACAUCAUCAUUGAUUUCCAGUCACAAUGUCACCGACUUCCGGUUACAUCAUCAUUGAUUUCCAGUCACAAGGUCACCGACUUCCGGUUACAUCAUCAUUGAUUUCCAGUCACAAGGUCAUUGACUUCUGGUUACAUCAUCAUUGAUUUCCAGUCACAGUGUCACCGACUUCCGGUUACAACAUCAUUGAUUUCCAGUCACAGUGUCACCGACUUCCGGUUACAACAUCAUUGAUUUCCAGUCACAAGGUCACCGACUUCCGGUUACAUCAUCAUUGAUUUCCAGUCACAAUGUCACCGACUUCCUGUUACAUCAUCAUUGAUUCCCAGUCACAAUGUCACUGACUUCUGGUUACAUCAUCAUUGAUUUCCAGUCACAAUGUCACUGACUUCCAGUUACAUCAUCAUUGAUUUCCAGCAUCAUUGGUUUCCAGUCACAAGGUCACUGACUUCCAGUUACAUCAUUGAUUUCCAGUCACAAGGUCACUGACUUCCAGUUACAUCAUCAUUGAUUUCCAGUCACAAUGUCACUGACUUCCGGUUACAUCAUCAUUGAUUUCCAGUCACAAGGUCACUGACUUCCAGUUACAACAUCAUUGAUUUCCAGUCACAAGGUCACUGACUUUCAGUUACAACAUAAUUCACAAGGUCACUGAUUUCCAGUUACAACAUCAUUGAUUUUCAGUCACAAUGUCACUGAUUUUCAGUUACAACAUCAUUGAUUUCCAGUUACAAAGUCACUGACUUCCAGUUAAAACAUCAUUGAUUUCCAGUCACGGGGUCACUGACUUCCAGUUACAACAUCAUUGAUUUCCAGUUACAAAGUCACAACAUCAUUGAUUUCCCGUCACAAGGUCACUGACUUCCAGUUACAACAUCAUUGAUUUCCAGUAAGAAAGUCACUGACUCCCAGUUACAACAUCAUUGAUUUCCAGUUACAAAGUCACUGACUUCUAUUUACAGCAUCAAUUUCCAGUCAUUAGGUCACUGACUUUCAGUCACAAGGUUACAGAUUUCCACUUACAAGGUCACUGACUCCCAUUCAGAAGAUCACUGACUUCCUUUCACAAGGUCACUGAUUUCCAAUUACAGGAUGACUGACUUCCAUUCAAACGGUCACUGACUUCCAAGUACUAGGCCACUGAGUUUCAGUUGCAAGAUCGCUGACUUCCAUUCACAAGGUUACUGACUUCCAGUCAAAAUGUACUGACUUCCAGUCAUAAAGUCAAUAAGUUCCAGUCACUGAAAUAAUGUUCAGAAAUGCACUUUAAGGUUACCACCACUUUUAAACCUAGAAAGCAGACAUAUGACCAACAUUAUAUUGGAGUGACUUAAAAUCAAAUAAAGUCUCAAGCUAAGAAUUGUAACAAAGUAAAAACAUUCAUACUGAAACUACUUUGAAACUGUUCCUAAUGAUUCCAGUAUGACACUGUCAAUCAGUCUAAAUAAUUGAUCUGUAGUAAUGUGUGAUAUUUACUUAACUUUUGUUUUGAGGAAAAAGAACUCGAGAUGAUCAUUCAUGGAAGCAGAGUCAGAAAGCCUUUGAUGAGGAAAUGUAAUUUGUUUGUUACUGUCUCUACGUGUAUCUUUUCACUUGGUUAUUUUUUCAGAUUUUAUGUGCUUAAUAAGUGCCUGUAAAGGAGGUGAGAAGUUGAUUAAAUUUGACAACAUUUGUUCCAUACCUUUCUUUUAUAUUUACUUUGAUUUCUGAAGGUAUUACAUACUGGAACACAUGCAGCAAUGACUAGCUUAUUUUGAAGCAUGCAAGUGAACAAAUAUAGCAUGACAUGUCCCAGCAAAUUCUAAUUGCAACAUUCCUAGUUCAUUUUGAAAAUUUGAGUGUGAAAACUUUUAAUUUAAUCUUAGAUGUUUUAUGCUUAAAUUUUCUGACAGUACCAAAAGUUAUAAAGUCCCCCUUCAAAGAAGAGGGGAUAUAUUGCUUUGCCCAUGUCCCAUCAGUCUAUAUGUGGUCCACUGGAUAAUUAUAUAAAUUCUGAUCAAUUACUAGAAAAUGCCUGGGCCUACAAUUUCAUAGGAUGGUUGCAUACCUUGUUUUUUAUCAUAACAUCAGAGGUGAAGGUGACUGUGACCUUGCAACUAAUAAUGGUUUUUUAUAAAAAAAACUAGGGAAUGAAUGGACCAAUGGCUGUCAAACAAAUAGGAUAUUUGCAUGCAGUCAGUAGAUGACCCCUGUUGGUUUUGGCAUCAUAUUAUCAAAGGUCAAGGUCACAGCAUACUGGUGACUGAAAAUAAUGCCAUCAGAGGGCAAACACAUUUUAAAAAAGCUUUUUUUGAGUUUGCUAAUUAAGCCCGCAAGUAAAACUUUAUGCUUAAUUUCAUCAAUAUGAUUUCACUGAAUAAUUUAAGUGUUUGUUAUUCCAUACCUCAUGUUUUUAUUUCGAUGUAAAUGAGAUGUGGAACCAAAAUUUGUAGUCCUGUUUGGCGCCAUAUAACCUAUACUGUGUUGGUGCGCCGUAAAACCCAAAUAAAUAAAUAAAUAAAUAUUAUAAUGUAUUAAUUGGUUGUAAGUUGCACAAAGACGUCAUAUUGUUAAAAUCAUUUUAUCAAAGCUGUUAACAUACCAACGAAAUUCUCAUUCUCAAAGCAAAACUGUAACUACUGAUAAACCAAAGUCCAAAGAUUUUAUUGUGUUCUUGUAAUAUUUCAGGGCAUUUGUAUUACAUAUACUUGUUUCUGGUCUUUGUCAAUCUAGCUUCUCUUACCAGUUGCAAUCUACUUAACUUCAAUAUUUUUCCAUUGUUAUUGAAUUGGGUUAAGUUAUAUCUAACCUUUGGAAACCAAAGAAUAAUUAUGUGACAAUUUAGUUAGUCAGGAGAUAAUUGUUUCCAAUUCUUAGAUGUUUUUGUUAAUAUUAAUAUAGAAAAAAAUGUUUAAGUUUGUGAGAAGUAAUUUUAAAUCGAUGUUUACAGUUUGUGUGUACAUAUAUAUAAACAAAUGCAUACUUUUAAGCAUAUGAGAAGAGAUGUUUAUUUAUUGAAAAUAUGUAUAUCUUAUUUGUUUGUCAUGUUAUGUAAGUAUGUAUGUAUCAGGUACAUUGCAUUUUUUGGGUUAAAACCAUUUGAAAAUAAAAUAUUUUCAAAAAUUUAAA